GUUCGCACUAUUUGGGGUCGACGUAUGGAAGCGCGCGACGCCCCGCCCGACUUGCAAUGUUCUUGAGAGGCCGUGAGCGUCUUCGAGUGUGGUAUCAUCUGCUGCACGUGGUAUGCAAAAGAGUCGGAAGAAAAAUAGCAAUGUCAGAGGGAGCGCUUGAGGAUAAGCUCAGAACGGGGACGAGCUCUAGCUCCUUGUGUCAAAAGCGAUAGCACACAAAUCACAUGACGCACCCCUGCGGCUCGUUAAAUUAGUUGAUCUCACAAGCGACACUGCUGGGCACAGACCUGGUUCUUCAAGCAAUGCCCUUGGUCACCUUUCACUCUGCGGCCGAGGUGACAGCACGACCGCAGAGGGGAUAGAUGCAACGACAUUCACCUCCCUGCAGAGACGAAUUAUCUUCGAAGGGUCACACCGUAGACGCGAAUUACGAUUCGUCCCAACAUCAACUACCGCACGUACAAAACCACAAUUAAUGGUGUCACCUGGAAAUAGUAGUAGCGGACCCAAAUCUCAAGAAAUAAUGCGAAGGUAGAUGUUAUGAAGAAAGAAAACACACUCACACGCGGAAUUACGCUCUUCUUCUUAUGGAAAAUGAAGACUAUAUUAAAAGUGAGUGUUUUUUUUCUCCUCCAUGCAGCUGCCACAGUGGACUCUCGUUAAUUCGGUGUUUUAUACUAGUGUCGCGAUCAUGAUAAGCACGAGUAAUCUGAAGAACUUGCGGCAUCAAGGCUCCCAAGUUUCCAAGAAGAGAAACGAGAAUUCAGCCCGACGCAGGUGGCGCUAUCUCGUUAAGAAGGAUGAGUAAGCGUUUCGUUUUUCCAUAGUGGUCCUUCUUUACUUAGCACAAAAAAAAUAGUCGAUUGAUUUUCUCUCGUCUGAAGUCUUUUCAAGGAACUCGAUAUUGGCAUUGCAAGUCUCGUCUUUGUUUUCUAAAGAAGAGUUCCCUCGUUUCAUUUAUGUGAUCCACCCUGGCCUUACCUCGAAGCCAACGGGCAGUAUUCAACCGACUAGCGGGUUACAGAUUUUGAACCUCAAAGGGCUCGGAUCAACGACAGCGAGUAAGUUGUAACAGAAGAAGUACUCCUAUUUUCACGCCUAGGCAACCUCUUCGACCUGCUUUAAUCCUGCCGAUCCACAAAAUGACGCCAGAAUCAUCCGACAAAUGUCUCUCGGCUCUCGAUGGGAAAACGUACUCACCGAACCGAUAGAAACAGGUAUAUCUGCAACUUUUAAUCAGAUCAGUACCAUACGGUCUACACUCUGAUUGUGAUAAUAACGUAUUAAGAUAAACUUAUUACUCUCCUCAUCGGGAAGUUUUUUUCGUCUCAUCUGUGAAAUAGGUUCUUGGCUAUCCAAGGUUAGCAAGGUUAUGCGACUCCGAAUAUACUCGAUCGGCCUUUCUAUCAAUCAGUCGGUCACUCACUCACUCGGUCAAUCAAUCAAUAUCAAUCCAUAUCAAUCAAUCGAUAUCGUACGGAUAACGUAAGGAGAACCUGGCUUCUACGUCCGGUCUUUCUAACGGUCUCUCUGAGUGAACACCCUUACGAAUCUUACGCGAUUACGUAUAGUCUGAGUAGUAUCACUUCCAAAUGUACGUAGUAUGACUUGGUCCCUUCGGUUCAAAUCAUGCGAAUUUACAUUAAUGUGUGAUAUAGAGCAGCUCGAAGACCGCAAUCCUUGUUCUUGAUUAUAAUAUGAAGGAGGGUUUUCAAAACUUUCACUCGGUCAUAAUGUAAAGGAGGGUUCUAGUUCUUGCUAAUGCAUACGACAUAUCUCCUCUCACGCUUUGCGUGUUCAGCUUACCCGACUACAUGUACUGAACAACUAGGAGAUCUAUGUUCGAACCCAGGGUUCUAGUUCUUGCUAAUGCAUACGAUGUAUCUCCUCUCACGCUUUGCGUGUUCAGCUUACCCGACUACAAGUACUGAACAACUAGGAGAUCUAUGUUCGAACCCUAUAUUUUUUAAGGUGGAUGUCUUACCGCACGGAAAAUCGAAACCAUUGCGGCACUACGGAUUCAGAGCCAAUGGCGGUGCCGCAUGGUGCGAAGUCGUGCGGUGGAGCACGAGCUGGCCAACACGCCAAAGUCGAAAAUCUAUUCCGUCGAAAUGGUGCAUUAAGGCAUCCAGAAAUCUUCAAAAAAAUUCAAAAAUCAAUAUCUUCCAAAAAUCGUCAAGUGAUAUUCUAUUUGAAAGCUCAGUUUGCCUUUGUUUUAAGGUAAGAGGCGAAAACGGGUGAAAGAUGGGAUCUGGGAUUACUAACUAUGCUUUGGUAUUUAGCUCAAAAGUUGUACAACUCGUUGUACAAAUUAUUGCAAAUGAGAUCCUUCUAAUCAUCGUUGCGCCUGGCGAUAUAUCGCCUCUUCGAGGACGCGCAAAGCAGCAAGGCCGCAAAAACAGUAUCGCUGGUCAUCCUUGCAGUCAUUAAGAUUCUAUCUUGAUGUACAACGCUAUCGUCGUUUACAUCACUGAUUCUAACGUUCUUCAGCAUCAGUCAUGCUUGUGGUGUUGUCUCGCCAACCCAACUUCUUUGUAUACCAGCGUCUUUUGAUCCGUUUUCUAAGUUUGAAUAUAAUAGCUACAAGAAGUAGAUGCCCAUUUUUGGAGGUGCCAAAAGUCGGUUUUGAGCUCUUACCACCUCUAAAUAGAUCAUCUUCAGUAUCGCAUCCCUGGUCGCGGAGACCUCGCCCUCGUUUAUGCCCGAUGUCGACAAAUACGGCGUUGAACUCCCGAACCAAUCGAAGGGACUUGUUAUUCACAAGGACGUCUGGCUAGCGGUCGACUGGUUCUGUACGCUGGUCUUCUCGGUCGAGUUUGCGCUCAGGCUAUGGGUGUCAUUUUUUUUUUGCGUCUUAGAAUUGCCCAUGGUGCUAUAUUGAUCUUCAUACUACGAAGAUAACUUAGAUACCAAGAAGAUGAUGCUGAUUAUAUUACCAGCCCGGUGAUUUUGACGGCAGGUAUGCAAUGUCUUGCCGGAUAAGACAGUCCGCGGAUUUUUGACGCAGCCGAUGAACAUUUGUGAUCUGUUAGCGAUUGCACCGCUUUACAUCGAAGUUUUAUUUCAAGGAGGCGGCGCGGGUUUCCUUCGAAUCUUGCGAGCUAUCCGAUUAGUCCGCCUUUUUCGCAUUUUCAAAUUGGGUCGCUACUCAACUGCACUACAACUCAUGUUCCAUGCUAUAUUCGAUUCGAUCCAGAUCCUCCUCGUCCUGCUUUUCUUUCUUGGUACAUGAGUGUGAUUUAGUGUCAUUUUUGUAUUUUAUGUAGGCUUUUGUGGCGGCCUUCUGUUCUUUGAGGCAGGCGUGCUGACAUUUUGAAUGAUGCUCUUGUACCCAAAAGUGUCAUUAUACCAGCCAACGUGUGAAGGAAUAGUUGGUUCGAAAAGGGUUAAGUACUAGCAGAGUAGUGACUUCAAUUACAUUGCACCUUUAAUAGUAACACUUUGAAUAGUAACACCUUUAAUAGUCACGAUUGCUUGUUACUAUCCGCGACAGCAAUCGGCGUGAUAUUAUUUUCGAGCGUGAUCUAUUAUUUUGAGAAGCUGUCAUGCCCGGACAAAGAGACCGGAGGAAAAGGCCCAGGCGGGAAGUGGAACGAGGAGGACUGGACAACUUACGUAUCUGAUAUGAAGCGAAAAUCUGUUAUCAUUGUCAAGUUUCUACUUACGUAGAAAUAAAGUGCGAUACAAAUGAGAAUAGAUUUCGGUUUCAUAUCUGAGUGCGAGGCAUCAACGGGCGGGAAGUUUUACUCUAGUACGUACGGUUUGUGUUGUGACCAGCAUGACACGUCUCUCGACUUCCCGAAUAUUCUUACUGCGGUCUGGUGGAACGUUGUUACCAUGAUUAAGGCUAGAAUCCAUCUUCACAGGCAUCAUGGUCCCGUUUUUUAAGGUGAAGCAGGACCCAAGAUACUGCUGAAGAUGGAUUUCUCCUAGUUCUAACAUGACCACGGUCGGAUAUUUACGGCUUCCGAUAGUACUAAAUUGAAAAUCUGAGAAGAAUGCUUAGCAUGACGAAAUGCGACUGUUAGGGAGCUGGAUUCCAGGAGAUAAUCCAGGAUAUUGAGAACGAAGAAUCACUAGUAGCAGAGUAGAAUCAGUAGAAACAUGAGUUUCAAUUUGAAAAAUCUUUUGCUUCAAACAAGUUCUCGGUUAUUUCACAUGUUGGAACGCUCAGUUUUUCAAAAAACUGUAGUAUUACCAUUCUAUCAUUAAGUUUACCCUACCCUCAAAAUUCGAAACGAGAAAGAUUUUGGGGAUUGCAGUAUCUUCGUGCGCUCUAAAAUAAGGCGAUAUAGUGCCACGGACACCACAAGGACAAGUCGUGGCGUCGCUUGCGCUACUGGCAGGUACAGCUACUUGCUCAACACACGUUGCAUACACGUUUGCUUUCCAUAUGUAAGGUGCAGCCUUUUGCUUUUCCACAACGACGCGGAGAUGAAUGACUUAGAGUUAUUCCAGUAUCUUCGUUAGUAGAAGCAGUUCCUGGUAUCUGAAUAGGACUUUUUUGCCAGACCGGUUGGCGAAGAAACGUGUAUCAGAAUGGGUCAUCUCUAUUGCUAUAGCUACAUCUGCAUCUCCACCUCUUGUCUGUCAUCUCUACCUCUGUCUAAAACUACGUCUCAGAAUGGGGCAUCUCUACAUCGUGUCUGACGAAGAACGCGGGGGCAUUCUCUUCGAAGGAACCUAAGAAAAUUCUAUUCGAGAAAAAAAUUUCGAGAGACUAUCUCCUAAAACAAGUCUGUUCGAGAAAUGCUACCUAGAUUGUCUAGAAGCACUUUCAGGUCUCGUCUCAACGUUCAUCAGGAAAGUUGUGUUGCAGUUGUAGCUUAACUACCUAAGGAGCAGCACUAUAUAGAAGUUCUAGCUGACUAGCUUCUAAAUAACGCGCUAUUUCAAACAGGUAUUCUGCUGAUCGCCUUGCCUGUUAUGGAUGAUUAUUUUUCUCAUCCUCCCAUUUAACAUAUCAUCGAGGUUCCCCUUUUCCCCUUAGAACUGUAUAGCUGAAGGAGGGCCUCGAUGGUCUGGCCCUAGAGGGGAGAAAUAACAUCAUCCAUACCUGUGGCUGUCGUCGGACGAAAAUUUCAAGAAACGUACGACCAGCUAGAGAGCGACAAAGCAAUUGCCUCAGUCGAGGGUCACAUGCAGUCCUUUGCCUCCAAGGAUGGAAACUAUUAUGGUCUACGACUGUAAACAUAUCUAUUAUGUAGAUCUAUCAUAUAGAGUAGAUGCUUAUGCUUAUCUAGCGCUUAUCGUAGAUCUAAACUUGGUGUAGUGAAAAGCAUCUAUGCAUUGAUUUCGGAUAUUUGUAGAUGAAACUGACAGGUCUAUGUUCAAAGGUGUGUGCCUGGAUUAUGACUAUGUAAUGACCUCCCCACAGAAGAGUGUAUGUUGAGUUGUGUGCAGUGAUGGCUCCUGCGAUGUUUUUUUGCUAGCUACUUCAACUACUGCAUUUACUACCCACUUCGAACACCAAAAAUGCUCCCUCUAACCCUGCAGCGAUCCUGAAGAGCUUCCUUUCACGAAGCUAGUCGCGUCCAUACAAGCCUUGGAGACCGAGGAUACCGACUUUUUUCUCAAGUUGAAGAUUAAGGCUCAAAACAAUUCAUUUUUAGAAGCCUUCUCUCCUUAUUUCCUUCUUCGGAUUCGGAGACAGGUACGCAAGAAAUGAAUUGUUUUGAGCUCCAAGAAGAAUUUGCAGCGCUUGAUCGACCAAUGCAUCGCAGCGAAUGCCAUGGUGCACCGCCUGCAAGCGGCGGAGAAAGUACGUCAACAAACACUCUACUUCACUUUGCAGAAGAUUUUGACACGCUUCUUGCGCGAGAACUAGGACGAACUGGUCUGUCGAAUCGAACUAGAGAACUAGAACGAUGUCAGGUGACUCAGUUGAAUAUGGCUCAUGAGGAAGAAGAAGAGCCAGUUGUUGUGGAUACGCUUCGUGUGUGAGAAUUGAGAGGUGCCGCUGCUAUCAUUUAGGUCCUCGUAUACGCUUCUUGCGGGAGUAAAACUCGGACGGCAUACCGCUCACAAGAAGAGCCCACGCCACUAGUACGACUAUUACUACCUCAUUUACAACUUCUGGAAGCCCGUACUUAUCGAAACUGUUGCGUCUCGUGAACGAGUGUGACUACGGCAUCUGCUAGUCGAUGAUUGUGAAGGACUCAAGCACUUCUCCGAAAUUAAAUCAUUUCAUAGACCGCCCUGCGCUACUUCUACUUUUACAACUAUCUACAAGUUAGCGUCUCUGUCCAAGGCACCAUUUCAUCUCAUGUAACUAUCGAAACGACACGUACACCUGGUAAGCCUUCACUAUUCUGUGGAAUGGUUUUGAAACGUACGCGACGUCUGAAACAUUUUAUAAUCUGAACAGUCAAGAUAGACGAUCAAUGCAUCAGUCUUUUUGCUCAAAAAUUGAAUAGAAUGCGUUUUGGAGAAUUUAUAGUCAACUCAUGAUACAGUGGUUUAAACUUCGAAUUGCGUAGAUAAUCCGAUGUGCUUUUUUUGAAGAUAUAUUUUGAAGGGCGUCUUUUUUUGGGUGUAGGUCGAUCUUCGCAUUGUAAUCGCUCUUCUAAAAUUAGCGUAUAGCCUGCUCCGGAUAGCAGUCGUACACAGAAAUAGUCAAUGAAGGUGAUCUGUUUUAUGUGUAGGUCGCGCAAGCUCCGAAAUAUUGAAUCCGUAAUCGGUCCCCGUUAAGAAUAGACAGGCUUCCGAGAAAUCGUAUCAACAUUCCGAAUAAAUUGAAAUUGAACAUCUUUUGAAUGCAUGAGCCGCUGCCGUUCCUCGUGGAUCUCUCUGCUACUCAGCGGCAUGUUCUCAGAAGAGUGAAAC